AUGGGCUGGCUCAGCUCGACCCGGCAGGGCUUGUUUACUAUGGCCGAUGAUCUGGAGCAGCAGUGAGUUAACCUUGUCUCUUUUCUCUCUCUCCCUCUCUCUCUCGGGGCCGUGAACCUGGGACUGUCUGUGGCUGAGGAACCGUUUUAGACAUCUUCCCGCCUUUCCUUUUCAGGCCUCAAGGCUGGCUGAGCAGCUGGCUGCCCACUUGGCGCCCCACUUCCAUGUCUCAACUGAAGAAUGUAGAAGCCAGGAUCCUCCAGUGUAGCUCUGUUGUGUGACUGCCUUCACGCCAGCAGAACAAACACUGCCCUCCUCAUCUUUCCCUAAGAAGGACCUGGCUUGACCCUCCCAGAUACCCUCAGUGAGGACACACUCUCCCUCGGUCAAGCCCCAGGCAUAUACAGAUAUCUGCAAGGAUCUUCCCUGUAGCUCAAAUGGUAGAGAAUCUGCUUGCAACGCAGGAGACCCGGGUUCGAUCCCUGCAUCUGGAGGAUCCUCUGGAGAAGGGCCUCCAGAACAAGUUCCUGGCUCGAUAUGUGUCCCUCCCAAACCAGAACAAGAUCUGGACAGUGACAGUGAGCCCUGAGCUCAGGGACCGCACCCCCCUGGUGAUGGUGCACGGCUUCGGGGGCGGCGUGGGCCUCUGGAUCCUCAACAUGGAUUCACUGAGCACCCGCCGCACAUUGCACACCUUCGAUCUGCUAGGCUUCGGGCGAAGCUCGAGGCCGACGUUCCCAAGGGAUCCAGAGGGGGCCGAGGACGAGUUUGUGACCUCAAUAGAGACGUGGCGGGAGAGCAUGGGAAUCCCCAGUAUGAUCCUCCUGGGGCACAGUCUGGGAGGAUUCCUGGCCACUUCCUACUCGAUCAAGUACCCUGACAGAGUUAAACACCUCAUCCUGGUAGACCCGUGGGGCUUUCCCCUCCGACCAGCUGACCCCAGUCAGGUCCGUGCACCCCCGACCUGGGUCAAGGCUGUGGCCUCUGUCCUAGGACGUUCCAAUCCACUGGCUGUUCUUCGAGUCGCUGGGCCCUGGGGGCCCGGCCUGGUACAGCGAUUCCGACCAGACUUCAAGCGCAAGUUUGCAGACUUCUUUGAUGAUGAUACUAUAUCAGAGUAUAUCUACCACUGCAAUGCACAGAAUCCCAGUGGGGAGACGGCAUUCAAAGCCAUGAUGGAGUCCUUCGGCUGGGCCCGGCGCCCCAUGUUAGAGCGGAUUCACUUGAUUCGAAAAGAUGUGCCCAUCACCAUGAUCUAUGGGGCCAACACCUGGAUAGACACAAGCACGGGGAAAAAGGUGAAGCUGCAGCGGCCAGAUUCCUACGUCCGAGACUUGGAGAUCGAGGGUGCCUCGCACCACGUGUAUGCAGACCAGCCGCACAUCUUCAACGCGGUGGUGGAGGAGAUCUGUGACUCAGUCGAUUGAGCUGCUCUUCCUGGAGGACGAGGAGAAAGCCAGAGAGUUGCUCUCACCUUCCUGUCUCCUUACUUACCCCUCUGUCCUUUCCUCACCAACUAACAUGUGCCAGCCAGGCGGAGUCUCGGGCUGUCCCAUGGGAAGGGCCACAGAAGAUCAAAGAGCUCUAUGACCCCACACUGAAGGCUGGAGGCAAAAGCCACAAGAGGCCUUGAGCUCCCACCCCAGGGAAGAGCAUAAAGGGUUGUAGAGUGCCACCUCAUUCUCUCCAUGCCGGCGUCACUGGGCGGUGGUUGUGAAGGGACUGCACCAAGCCACGCCCCCCUGUGCCAAGGGAGGGCACCUGCUCCUCCCGGAUGAAGGAGAGGCUCUUAACAGCCUGCCCAGGUCUGGAGUGUGUCUGCGGGGGGUGGGGGGAGGUUCCAUGCAGGACAUCUUCCUCCUCCAUCACCCCUGGUCCCCCAGCCCAUGCCAGUUCUGUUCAGGGGCUGGUUGGGGAACUGCCAAGAGCAGGUCCUGGAGCUCCCGUGGCCUAAGAGGUCAUAUCCAAAGCUCUCAUUAGCAGAGGAGGCAAAGGGCAGGACAAGGCAUGGCUGGUCCAUGGAGAAACAGCUCAGGGCUCCUGGCAGACUCUGUUUGCUAAGGUUUGAGGCAGGCAUGGAGGCCACGGGGCUGGUCCUGGCCUAGGAUAAGCCCACCUGGCCACACAUUCCAGCCUCUGUAUGGGGAUUCUGGUUUCCUGCUCUGUGUCUCAGCCCCGGCUGCCUAAGCUGGGAACACUCAAGUGCUUCCUUCCCUGCCCCUUCUUUUUCCCACUGGGAGGCCUCUGGGCCUCCCUCUGUGCCUUGGGCCCUGAAGCCCCACCCAUAGAACUGAGAACAGUGACCCCUGAUGGAGAGAAGGGAAGGCCCUUUGACCCCAAGCCGUGUCUGGAUCCCCAUCCUCUCUAGUAUCUGCAGGGCUUUUUGCCUGCUCACGUGAACCUCUGCCCAGGUUCCAGUGGGGAGCCUCCAGCCAGCAGUUCCCUGUCCUCAUCAGCCACAGGAUGGUUCUCACUGCCUGGCCCUCCAUCCCUGCUGCCUGUCCUUCUGGUCUCCAGCUCAUCUGUCCCUGACCUACCUGUCACUCUCUCCCGGGGACUGGUUCUGGGCAGUAGGCGGGGCCUGGCCCCAGAACUAGGGUAGCUCCCACCUACUUCUUCACUUUUGUAAAGCCAACCCUUUCACCAGAAUAGUAUUAACUCCUGGUGCUUUGUACUACUGGUCCAGCUGCCUUGGGCUCCUUUUCUAUAUUAAUAAAGAAAUGAAUCAAAAUCACUCAUGGUGAUGAUGUUUAGUAUUGCUCUGACAAGAGUGGUGGGGGUGGUGCUGAAUUCACAACCUCUCCUAUGAUGUCUGAGUCAGGAGGGGCCCUGAGAGGUACCCAUGCACAAGCCCCCCCAACCCCCCUCCCAUUUAGUGCAUCAUCUGCCCUCUGGACCCCGCCCAGUCUCCAGGUCAGCACAGGUCAUUUCAGCCAACCACUUGAGAGGAUAGAUGAGGGUUGGGUGGGCCAAGCCCCAGUUCACAAGAGAAUUGGGCUGAACUGAGUGCUCCCUACUGUCCAUUAAAUAGCCCUGUCAUCUGAAGUUCACCUUGGCCUCUACCUGGACAGCUUCCUAUGCCCUAUUCUGCUUGCCCUCAGUGUUAGCCACUCAGUGGUGUCCAGCUCAUUGCGACCUCAUAGACUGCAGCCUGCCAGGCUCCUCUAUCCAUGGGAUUCUCCAGGCAAGAAUACUGGAGUGGGUUGCCAUGCCCUUCUCCAGGGGAUCUUCCAGGCCCAGGGACAGAACCUGGGUCUCCUGCAUUACAGGCAGAUUCUUUACCAUCUGAGUCACCAGGGAAACCACUCAUCCUCAGUCCCAGUUCAAAUAUUCUUUAUGCAUUAUGCAGGGAAGCUUUCCACUGACCUGCUCCCCAGAUAAGACCUGCAUCCCUUCUUCUGUGUCUCCGUGGCUUACUCAAAUGCCCCUUUGUAAAACUUAACACUUGUAGUCACUGGUUUCAUGUCUGUCUUUCCUCCCCAGACCACAGGCUGCUUCAGCAAUAAAGGGGCAUGUCUGACAUCUA